AUGGCUGCCGUGAUUGCCGAAGCACUGGCGAUGAUCCAGAGCCAGUCGCCGCUUCUGUCGGCCGACGGCAUCAGCAAGAUGGGCCAGAUCACCUUCAACCAGCCGCUUCACAAGGUCGAGGCCGGCAAGCUCGGUGUGAUUGCCGCCAUCGUCGAGGCCAUGAAGCGCUCGAUAGACAACGGAUCCAUGCAGGAAGACGGCUGCCGCGUCUUGCGCAACAUCGCCUUUCAAUGCGAGUCCAAUUUGAACCUCGUCCAGAGCCAGGGCGCGAUCGCGGCUGUCGCUGAGGCCCUCCACCGCCACAUGACCAACGACGCUGUUGUCGCCGAGGGUUUCUGGGCGCUCGUCGUCUUUUGCGCCAACCAUCAUGGCAACACGCUCGUGGCCAAAGAGCUGGUGGCCAACGUCGCUGCGAUCGCCGCGCACCACACGUCCAACGCAGAGAUUCAGAAGAAGGCCAUGUUUCUCGGCAUGCUUUUUGCAUAA